UAUUAAAAGACCAAUAAUUUUGCAAUAUCUAAUAAACUCUUUUAUCUGACCUACUUCAACACUUAUUAAUGGCGAAGAGAACAGGCAACAGCAACACAGACCAACGACAUGAACUAACGAGAAGGACAAACAGAAAGGGGCGGGGACGUCUCAUAUCUUAUUUGGAAAUGGGACCAUUGUAAUCCGGAAGAUUUCAUAUACUUCCGUUUUUAUUUUCUUUUGAAAUUAGUGAUAUAUUUUCACCUUUAGGAAGGAGUUUCACUCUCAGAAUGUAUUUGAACUUCUCUCUUUUUUUUACUCCAGCGCAGCUCACAGUUUUUAGCAUGUACUGCUUGAACUGCUUGGAGUAAAAUGGAUGUCACAGAAGUUACAUCAAAAAACAACUGAGAAGGGUUCACUACUUUACUGCAGAUUAAUUGACAAGAUGACAGUGAGUAAUAACCGCGACGCAGCCACUGACAUAACAUGUACAUAUGCAUGUUGCAUAGUGGACACACAUAUGUCUUCACUAUGUUACACUAUGUUAGUGGAGACAUAGUGGAGACAUAUGUUGCAUAUGUGUUCACUAACAUAGACAUAUGCAACAUAGACAUAUGCAACGUCUACAUGCAACAUCGACAUAUCCAUAAAGCACUAAGACCAUAGACAUCAACCAAAGACACAAAGCAACGACAGAACAAACAACAUCUACACAUGACUUCUUCUCAUUUUUGAAACUAAUGGAACCCCAUAUUAACCUGAUUGGUAAUGUAUGCCCUGCUUGCUGCAUAUGUAAUGYAUGCUUUAACCCUUUAACGUCCUGUGGGUUUACUGGAAGCUGCCACGGAGCCCGCGCGCCGUGUUGGCGGUGGAGGCCCCGCCAUAUCGUGACCCACCAAUCAGCAGAAGGUCUGCAGGUGAGCWACGGGAAGACACGUGGUGUGGUUCUCCACGGGAAGAGUAACACAAACACGGUGGGAAAGAUGGAAAACAAGUGCAGCCAGGUGCAGAACAUUGAGCGAGUGCAAGCUCUGGAAGCCUGGCUGGAAACGACCAACACCAGGCUGACCCAGGUUAAUGGCCAGAGGAAGUACGGAGGACCGCCUGAGGGGUGGAACGGUCCCACCCCAGGCGAGCACUGUGAGGUCUUCAUCAGCCACAUCCCUCGGGACGCCUACGAGGACCUGCUCAUCCCCCUGUUCAGCUCUGUGGGAUCUCUCUGGGAGUUCCGCCUCAUGAUGAACUUUAGUGGCCAGAACCGGGGCUUUGCCUACGCCAAAUACGGCACACAGGCCCUCGCCACRGAGGCCGUCCUCAAGCUGAACGGCUACAUGCUGGAGCCUAAGUGUUACCUCUGUGUCCGCCGCAGCACGGAGAAGAGACACCUCUGUAUUGGAAAUCUGCCAGCUGCCACUAAACAAGAAGACCUGAAGCAGGUUAGGUUUGUCUGUUGGGAGUGACGUAUUGAAUUUACUACACAACUUAUUAAAACUGAAGAACGGGAUGCAGUGAUCAGAAAUUAAUUUAUUCAAAUUAUGUACCAACACACAAAAUCUUCUGGAAGGUAACGGUAGCAGACUGAAUUCAAGAAGCGAUUUUCAUUGGAGAUUUCCAUCAAGUGGGAGCCAGGAGAGAACCCGAGCCCCAGCCAGACAUGUUCUCCUCCARCCCAAAAGAUUCUGCUGCAGCCAUGCUUCGUGCCCUGCAGCCAGGCCGUCUCUCACCCUUCAGCCCCGCCACAGCUCCGGCCUGCUGCUCCGCCCGUCUCUCCAGGGUUCUGCAGGGCGGUGGGGGAACCAGUCUCCCCCCUGCACCCACACGCGUGUUACCCCCUCCCAGCCUCACACCACCCCCAGCAACACAUGGUCUGUGCGCCGUCCCCAGUAAUGCUCCUCCAUAAGGUUUGCGAGGCCAACGGGUUUGGCCAGCCGUUCUAUGAGCUACACUACAGUUUGGCCAGACCAGAUGGUUUCGUUAAAUUUACCUACAAGGUUCUGAUCCCCGGCAUCGGCAGCGCCUUCAGGGGGAAGGUCAUGGUCCUGCCAGGACCCAGUGUCAGAGUCAUGCUGGAGGAGGCUCAGCGGGCCAUCGCCCAGCAGCUGCUGCAGAGGAUGUUCCACAACCAGCAGGCGGCCUGAACACGCCACUGGCUUCCAGCUGCAACGUUCCUGUUUCACAUCUAUGUUUUACUGACAACAAAAAAGAUUUCAUUCUGCGUCAUUUCUUCUUUUCUGCAUGUUUUUAAUAGUGUUAGUUAACUUGUAUGUCCAGUUUGAGUUUAAAAAGUUUGUUUGCAUGUUUUUUUUAUAAUGUUUUAUUCUUGCUGUGUUCU